CACAAAGCAGAAAUCGUAAAGCAGGUAACGACGUGCAACAGAGCCAGAAACGCAAAGCUUCCAGAUCAAAUAUCUCAUACAACAGUAGGCAAAGUUACUAUUUUUCAAACCAAAAAGCAUUUUGAGCAACCCUACGACAUAAGGCAACCAAGCAAAGAAGCCAGCAGCAGUCUAUACACUUAGCAUAAAACAUAUUUUUGUGAAAUUUAUUCUACACGCAAACCAAAGCUGAUAGAGUGCAAAGCCGGCAAGCUACUACAAGGUGAUUUAAGAUUUUUAACAUAAAAGACAUUUAAUUCAGAGAAGUAUAUAUUUGGAGAAAAAAUUUGUGCAGUCAAAAAAUAGAAUUAAUAAAAUUGCUGCAGGACAGCACGACAUCAACACUUAAGAAUUAAAACAACCAAAACCAACAAACAACAGCUGCGCAUAAAUGUUGCACUACAACUUAGGCGAGCAAUAUCCACAAUUAUUGGCAACUCAGCAACGUAAACGGUAUCAGCAACAAAAAUCACGGCAUCAGCAGGAGGACGAUCAGGCGCUGUUGCUACAACAGCAACAGUCGCAACAGGCACACCAACAGCAACCACCAUCUUCCCAACAACAGCACCAGCAACAGCAACAGAAGAAACCUCUGCGCAUCUUUCGCGUACACUACAUACGCAUCAAUUCCAAGGACGGUUGUGGUGGGCUCAAUAGAAGCAGCAGUCUCACCAACCUCUCCUCGUUUAGUAGUGGAAGCAGCGGCAGCGGCGGCGGCGGCGGCGGCGGUGGCUUCAACACAACUUGUAGCGGUAUUGGCGCAACAAAUGCAACUUCCGGCAAAAUGAAAACAAUCGCACCAAAUAUACGACGGCGUCGUCGUUGUGACAAACAUCAUUUGGAAUUGGCUGCCACAGCAGCGGCUGCAGCUACAGCUGCUGCGACGACAACAUCCGCGUCGUCGUCGGGUGGUAUUUUGCAUAGUGGCGCUUCAAUUAGCAUGCCCGCUUCGGUUUGCUCAUCGGCUACCACCUCUACGGCCACUUCACCCAUUGAAGAUAUAGCAUUACCAGCUCCGCCCAUAACGCCACCACCGGCAUUUCUUUCCGCUGGCUAUAAGCGUUCAUGCACUGGCGCCACUAAUACGCCGACUAAUGUAGCAACGGCGUCGAAGGCGUCAUCAACAACAGCAUCACGUGCUAUAUUGUCAACAGCCAAGGCAGUGGCUGGUUCUACUGCAAGGCUAGGCGCUGCGGUGGGCAGUGCAAGGUCAUCAUCCUCGGCAGCGUUGACGGCGGCAAGUGGCAGCAAAGCAAUUGGUAUGCGGCGAAUGUUAGGCGAGGAUUCUUACUACAACACAAAUUCCAAUACAUCAACAAAUAUCGCCAAUGGCUCUAUACUGUCGGCCAGCAACAACAACAACAACAAUUCCAAUGGCAGUAAUCUACAAAAUUCCAUAAAUACCACCACAUCUGGCAGCGCUGGUGGCGCGCUCAUUAGCCAACAACAGCUGCAGCAGCAACAGCAACAGCAACAGCAACAAUGUGGCACAGUAGGAGGCAUGGUUAAUGUGCCCACUUCAAUAUCUGUGCAACAAUUUAAUGCCAUGAAUAUUGGUGGUAGUGCCACCAAUGGCGGCGCUGGUAAUGUUGGUGGUGGAGUAAUCGUUUCCAGUGGCACAAAUUGUGGUAAUAAUGGACAAGGAGGUGGCGGCGGCGGCGGCGAUGCGUCGCCCAUGUCAAACGUGCCACACUCACAAUCGGCGCCACAUCAGCUGGGGCAACCGCCACCACUGACCCCACUGGCGCAGCAUCAUCAAGCGUUGGCGCAACAGUUGCAGCAACGAUUUGCCAUAAGCAAUAAUAACGGUAAGUCAUUUUCCACUCAAGUACCCAAUACAAAAGAUAAAACCGGCGAGGAUUCUUACUACAACACAAAUUCCAAUACAUCAACAAAUAUCGCCAAUGGCUCUAUACUGUCGGCCAGCAACAACAACAACAACAAUUCCAAUGGCAGUAAUCUACAAAAUUCCAUAAAUACCACCACAUCUGGCAGCACUGGUGGCGCGCUCAUUAGCCAACAACAGCUGCAACAGCAGCAGCAGCAGCAACAGCAACAGCAACAAUGUGGCACAGUAGGAGGCAUGGUUAAUGUACCCACUUCAAUAUCUGUGCAACAAUUUAAUGCCAUGAAUAUUGGUGGUAGUGCCAACAAUGGCGGCGCUGGUAAUGUUAGUGGUGGAGUAGUCGUUUCCAGUGGCACAAAUUGUGGUAAUAAUGGACAAGGAGGUGGCGGCGGCGGCGAUGCGUCACCCAUGUCAAACGUGCCACACUCACAAUCGGCGCCACAUCAGCUGGGGCAACCGCCACCAUUGACCCCACUGGCGCAGCAUCAUCAAGCGUUGGCGCAACAGUUGCAGCAACGAUUUGCCAUAAGCAAUAAUAACGGUAAGUAUUAA